ACCCACUCAUGCCUUCUUUCGAGCGAAAACGGAUCCUAGUCACCGGCGGAAACGGUUUCAUUGGAAGCCACGUCGCCCGCGGCCUCAUUAGUCUGGGGCACUUUGUCAAAGUGGCUGACCUUACUGGUCGGUCGCUCUUACAAACUAGUCCAGACGAGAUCGAGGUUGCUGUGGGUGAUCUUCGUGACCGCGGCUUCGCGUACCAAGUCGUUCGCGGCGCAGACUAUGUGCUUCAUUUUGCGGCUAACAUGGGAGGCAUGGGUACGAUCCAUAACGAAAACGAAAUCACCAUCUACCGCGACAAUCAUACCAUGCUGUUGAACGUCUUGCAAGCGACUAUAGACCUCGGCGUGGAGAAGUUCCUGUUCGCCUCCUCUGCAUGCGUAUAUCCGGAAUCCCUCCAGCGGGCGGGGCAGGAUGUUUCGCUUGCGGAGAAUAACGUCUGGGCAGACCCGCCACCGCGGCCGCAAGGUCUAUACGGACUCGAGAAGCUCUGCUCCGAGCUUGUCAUCCUGCGUGGCAUUCCACCCUCGCUGAAGACGUACACUGUCCGCUUCCACAACAUCUAUGGCCCUUACGGCUCGUGGAAGGACGGCCGCGAGAAGGUGCCCGCGGCUCUCCUGCGCAAAGCUGUUGCGGCGAAGAUCUCCGGCGAUUGCGACAUAGAGCUCUGGGGUGAUGGCACACAGCGGAGAAGCUUUUGCUACAUCGACGACGCGGUCGAAGGUGUACUAAAGCUCCUUAAUUCUGAGUGCCACGACCCCAUCAACAUUGGCUCCGAAGAGGCGGUUACAAUCCGUCGGUUAGCGGAAAUGGCUGCUGAGGCCGUCGGCCUGCAAGAGCCCUCCAUACGUUCGCUCGAGGGCAUGCCGCUCGGGGUUGCAUCCAGAAAUUCCAACAACGCGUUCGUCCGAGACCAGAUUAGGUGGGAACCCCAGAUAUGCCUGCAGGAAGGCUUGCGUCGGACUGGGCAGUGGAUCGAGGAGGAGAUACGUCGUUUGCUCCCAAAUAUCGAGGAUUCCAAGUGCGCAAAUAGCUUAGAAGUUCAGAACUUGAAGAAGAGCACUUUGCUCCAUCUGCGACCACGCGGAGUCGUCUUCGCCCUUCUGCUCCCGGUCACCUCGCGCCGUGGUGUCGGUGCUCUCACCAAGGACUCAUCUGCGCUGCCUUGCCUCGACUCCCUUCAAGAUUUCGCGCGGACCCUGAUCGAGACCACGGCCGACGAUGUCUCGAGUGGCAAGUUCUCCUACCGCAUCUACCUGGCUAUUGAUGAAGAUGACAAGCCGUUGCUGGAGGGCGGCAACGCAGCCGAGCGUGCCCUCCGAAAGGCAGGCGUCACGGAGAUCACAACUCUGUUGUGCAACUAUCCCCGCGGCCGAGUCUGUAGCCUAUGGAGGGACUGCGCGCGUCGGGCCUGGAAGGAGGACUGCGACUACUUUGUCUUGAUGGGCGACGAUGUCACCCUGCACACGCCGGGUUGGAUGUCCAAGAUCCACGCCACUUUCAUCGAGAUGGAGCAGGAGACCGGGACACCCCUCGGCCUCGGCUGUGUUGCAUUCGAGGACGCGACCUUCCCCGGCAUGCCGACGUUCCCUGUCGUCCAUCGUAUGCAUAUGGAAAUAUUCGACGGCAGGGUCGUCCCAGACGUGUUCGUCAACCAGGACGGAGACCCGUUCCUCUACCAGCUGUAUCGACGCUUCGGAUGCUCGAGGUCUGUGGGAUGCGAGAUUCGCAACGCUGUCGGAGGCGGUGACGAUGCACGUUACGAGAAGGAACAUGCCAAGGACUGGACCCUCGGCGCGCUCUCCGAGGCUACCGCCAUCGUCGAGAAGUUCUUGCGCAAUGCCUCCUCCACCGCCAAACCCCCGCGGAGGUUGACUGUCGACGUCAUAAUCCCAUGUUACCGCGUAAUGCUCCCAUAUCUCGACGUAUUCCUGGCAUUGCAGGCCUCUCCCACCUGUUCCGUCAUGUUCAUCAUUAUCGUGGAUGAUCCAAAUUCGCCCAACAUCCGCGAGCUAAAGGCCAAGUAUGAGCAUCGACUAGACGUGCGGAUUAGGAUCAACAAGAAGAAUCUUGGAGCUUCCGCUUCCAGGAACCGGGGCCUCAGCGAGUCGGCGGCCGAGUGGGUGCUAUUCCUCGACGACGACGUGACACCGGAGCAAGACAUCUUGGUGCAGUUGGAGAAGUGCAUCCGCGCCCAUCCGAACGCUGCAGGCUUCGUUGGCAACGCGAAGUUCCCCCUCGCGAGGACGAUCUUUACGACCGCCGUACAUCUCGCUGGAGUGACUUAUUUCUGGGACAUCGCCUCGAAAAUGUCUGACUCGGAGGACGUCCCGUGGGGUGUCACUGCGAACCUGGCGGCUCGUCGAGACGUGCUGGAUGGAGUCGUGUACGACGUGACAUUCCCCAAGACAGGUGGCGGGGAGGAUAUUGACUAUUGUCGCAGUAAAAGGGAGUAUUCCGUGAGCCAUGGUGGGACUGGUUUCGUCGCUGCGCCUAACGUUACUGUCACCCACCCAUACUGGAACAGUGGCGAUAGAUCAUAUUGGCGGUUUUACAUGUGGGCGAAGGGUGACGGCGCCCUCGUCAAGUUGUACCCGCAGUUCGUGUACCUCGACGUCCCGAACAGCGCAGAACUGCUUCUGCUCUGCUUCGUCUUCUCCCUUGCCACGCUCGCCGCGCGGUCGUGGCUUCCCGUCCUUGGCUCCAGCUGGCUCACCGGCCUGCAAGCGACGGUCUCCGUGUUCACUGCGAACAUUGUACACGACUGCUACCGCCAUCUCUGGCGCGACGCAGAAAGGACCAAGACCAUUCAGACGAACACCGUAGGGGUCCGCUGGGUGUUAGCUGUGCUGGAGAGCUCGCUGAUCAGGAUGUUCAGCGAGUACGGACGUGUGGUGGGGUUGCUCGGACGCGGAGAUUGGGCCUUGUUGUUCCAUCGCUUCGAUUGGUUUGCCGGAGUCUGGGGUGACGGUCCCAAAGACGAGGAGAGGAGGAACAAUGCCCAACGGCUUUCACUGUCUCUUGCUCUUUUUGCUCUGUUUGUUGCUAUUCUUUAGUUGGUUCUUUCCGUUCGCGCGCGCGUACUAGCUAUAUUGUGUACAGUAUCGGUGGCAUAUUCUCCGAGCAAUCUCUCCUAUCUUCU